CGGAUUGCCAGGUUGCUCCACUUCAUCACCACCUACUCCCUGCUAGAGAUCUGCCCCUGCUUUGCUCAAGGGAAAAUCUACAUGCAUGAGUGCGCUGAGAGCCACCACUUUUUGCUGCUGGGGAAGCUGGUGGGGCAGCUCACCCUCUCCUACGCCUGCAAGGACGAGGAGACCUCCUGCGAGGCUGCAGAAGCUCUCUAUCAACUGCAUGUCCUUGUCCUGCAGCAGAGAAAUAAGUCAGAGAGGCAGAACAGUGAGCAGCUGCAGCCCGGCUCAGAGAUGCAGCCCUGGAUUUUCCCAAGGGAGAAACAUGCCAUCGGACUCUGCUGGAUGUUCACAAGAUACCUUCAGCCCUCUGACCAGGCAGAGAUCAUGGUCACGGCCAUCAAGGCCAUGGGCCCCACAAGCAGAUACAACAUCAGUGUGGCUGCCCAGAUGGUAGACAUCUUUGCAGGGGAUUCUGCAUUGCUACCAAGAAUGGAUGGCAGAGAGACCCCCUGGCACCCCACGGCAGGCCUGGGAAGAGAAGGGUGAAGCCACCCUGACUCCCAGCUCUGUGGCAGAGCCCAGCAAGGUGUGCGAAGUUGAACCUCUGCAGGCAGCGGUGCCAAGGGACGAGAGGGCCCUAAAAGCCAUCAUACGCUUCACCAAGUGCAGACUAGAGCAAGUGGGUCAGAAGCUCCUCUUUCUGGCCGCUCUCUGCACCUUCUGCACCAUCACCACUGUGGGCUCCACCGUGUGGGGAGCGUUCCGCUACUUCCAGGAGGAGGUGAUGACAGCCAUUCAGGUGAUGUUGCAAGAGGAGCCCGAUGACUGCCUGGACACCACUGUGCGGCAGCAAGUCAUGCUGGCCGUCGCAGGCAUGAGUAGAGCCAGGCUGCUUCCGCAUGACAAGGAUGCCGUUGUGCAAGCUUGCAUCAAGAGUGUCUUCAGGCUGCCUCCACGGGACAGCCAGGGUUCUGAGGCUUCCCUCUACUCCAAGACCCUGGCCGCGUUGGACAGCAUGUUGGUGACACUGGUGCACAGCGCUGGCACCCGUGGCGUUGUGGAGCUGCAGAGCAUCUUGAAGGUGCUGCUCCCCUACACCUUUUCCCAGCUGGCAGAGGUGCAGAAGAGAGCUGUAGCACGGAUUGCCAGGUUGCUCCACUUCAUCACCACCUACUCCCUGCUAGAGAUCUGCCCCUGCUUUGCUCAAGGGAAAAUCUACAUGCAUGAGUGCGCUGAGAGCCACCACUUUUUGCUGCUGGGGAAGCUGGUGGGGCAGCUCACCCUCUCCUACGCCUGCAAGGACGAGGAGACCUCCUGCGAGGCUGCAGAAGCUCUCUAUCAACUGCAUGUCCUUGUCCUGCAGCAGAGAAAUAAGUCAGAGAGGCAGAACAGUGAGCAGCUGCAGCCCGGCUCAGAGAUGCAGCCCUGGAUUUUCCCAAGGGAGAAACAUGCCAUCGGACUCUGCUGGAUGUUCACAAGAUACCUUCAGCCCUCUGACCAGGCAGAGAUCAUGGUCACGGCCAUCAAGGCCAUGGGCCCCACAAGCAGAUACAACAUCAGUGUGGCUGCCCAGAUGGUAGACAUCUUUGCAGGGGAUUCUGCAUUGCUACCAAGAAUGGUGAAGAGUAUUGUGGGUGUCAUCUUUGAAAACCUACCCUUCAUCAGAGCAGAGGUAGCUCUUAAGAGCGUGCACAGAGCCCUGCUGCUGCUGAUGGACAAACAGCCCAGGGUGGUGGUGGACACUCUGUUGGACUACUCACCAAUAAACAUCAGUGCUGCCCGGACAAUGUGGAAUACAGUGGUCUCCAAGCCCCAGACUGCAAGGAAGGCGCUGCAGGAGCUGGUCAGAGUGCUGACAGACCUCUCGCAGCGCAAGACCUCCCCCUCCCGUGUGGACAACCCACGCCUCCAGUGCCUGUCUGCCAUCAUGUUUGCAUCUGAGGCAGGUCUGCAGCCCAUCUGCCAGGAGGAGGUGCAUGCAAUUUUCCCUCAGCUGUUCCUGGCACUGCUUUUCCAAGUGACAUUCACCACGGAGCUGAGGCCUGAUGAGGUGCUGAUGUGGUGGGGGAAGCAACAUCAGCAUCUCUCUCCUGUCAGGGCUGCAGUGCAGUCCAUGAGAGUGCUGCUCUGCAGAAUGGGCUUUCGGAGCCAGGUGUUUGCCAUCGAGGCACAAGGUGGCUGGGAUGCCCUGCUCAGUGCCCCUACCCACCUCGCAGGAGUGCGCACUGUGGCCAGGGAGAUGAUGGUAAUGCCAAGGUUCCUGCGCUCCUCCUUCUUCUGCCAUCUGGCAGAGCUGCUCAGUGUGGAGGACCCCACCUGGGAGAUGACUGCCAUGGUCUUCUUCAUUGAGAUACUGGAGCGCUCUGACUGUGAGGACGAGGUGGACUGUGCCCUCGGGAUCUUGGACGUGUAUCUGCGGAGCCAGUGCCUGGGGAUGCCCAGCCUGGUGCUCAGGGCUAUCCUCAGGCUCACCGAGAGGCCUGACACGGCAAGGAAAACCCUCAUCCUGCUGCCACUUGUCAUGGAGCGGCUGCAGGAUGAUGACGACGCCACCAGCGACGCAGCCCUGCACGUGCUUGCCAACAUGCUGCGGCUGCUGGAGGGGAAGACGCUGAGCCUCACCGCCCUGGAGCUGGCUGCCAAGCUCUGGCCACUCUUUGGCUGCGUGUCGGACACUGUGCGGGAGCUCUCCAUCCAUCUCUUCCGAGAUGUGAUGGGGCUUGUGGCAGGCAAAGAAAAGAAGAAGAUGAAGAAUGAAGUGCAGAACAGCCUGCUGCCCCUGCUCUUUCACCUGCAUGAUGAGAGCAAGAGUGUGGCCAAGGCCUCCCAAGAAGCUCUCCGCAGCGCUGGCCGCUUCCUCAACUGGAGGAGGCUGGCACAGCUGGCUGGGACUGAGCAGGCAUGGAGGAUCCGCGAGCGCUUGCUGGCAAAGAACAGGAGCAGGACCAAGGACUACCUGCACCAGAGCCAGCGCUACCUGCAGAACCCACAGGUGGCUCUGCGCCUGGAGGCUGUGAGGUUCAUCGGGCUCAUUGGACGGCAAGUGGACAGGCAGGAAGAUGUGGAGCAUGUCAGAGAGGUCCUUCGACAAACACGGACAGAUGGCAGCCUCCCUGUCUCCUCCCUGCUGGCUCAGACCAUGCUUCUGCUCAAUCAAAGAAGUGACACCGAGGUGGAGUUUCCAACAGCUGAGCUUACAGCUGCAGAGGGCAUGGAGAAGGUUAACACUCGGUGCCCAGCAAUGACUGAGCAGCCAGGUGAUGGAAGAUAAACAGGAAGAGAAGGGAAAGACCCCAUGUUGCUUUUGCAAAAGAAAUUCCUGGGAUAAACUCUAGUCUGAAAUCAAAUUCAUGGAGGUGGUGGAGUCACCAUCCCUGGGGGUGUUCAAGAAAAGACUGGAUGUGGGGCAUUUAGAGCCACGGUCCAGUUGACUGGGUGAUAGGUUGGACUGGAUGAUCUUGGAAGUCUCUUCCAACCUGGUUGAUUCUAUGAACUGGAUGCUGUUUUGCUGAUAUUAAGAAAGUCAAGGAAUUGGAGUACGCUGAGUUCUGAAAACUAAUGUUGUAGGAAAGGAAAUGUUUGAACCCUUCUUAAGAGGGGAAAUUCCAGAAGUGUUUCAGGCUUGGCUCUUUAUUAUCCUGCGUAUGGAAUAGUGCUCUGCAUUUUGGAUCCAGUUCAUGCCCAUCUUAUAUUCCCUUUGUCCUAGAGUGAAUGACUCUGUAAUAUGGCUUAGUAAAUGUGUUGGCAACUGGCUGAAAAAUGGGGGGCACGAGCCCCUAGGAGCUUGUUCAAUCAAGCCUUGGAUGUGAGGUCUGAGUAUUGGAACUGCAGUAAACCUCAGCGCUCUGUGUGUGAAGAAGCUCAGAGGAAUUUGUCCUUGAGCCUUCUGAUAAGCAGCUUCUGUGGGACUGUGUGCAGAGUAGGAGGGAAACAGGUGGAAUAAGCAAAUUCCAAUGUUUAGGUGCACUAAACACUUUUGCAGUAACUGCAAGUAGGGAAGAUUAUGCAUAUUCAAAUAUUUAGAUGCGACAUCCUCCAGUAGGGAAGGUUGCUCAGAGCCUUGUUGAGCCUGACCUUGUUUAUGUCCAGGAAUAGGGCCUCAGCUACCUCCCAGGACAACCCGUUGCAGAGUUCCACCCCCCUCAUGGUAAAGAACUUCCUCCUCACAUCCAAUCUAGUGUACUCUUUAAUUUCAAGCCCUUGUGCCUGCCCUGCUCAGGCCCGACCAGACCUCACCGCCUCACCACCCUGGAGCUGGCUGACAAGCUCUGGCCACUCUUUGGCAACAUAAGUCUGGAGAGGGCAUUGUGCCCUCCUUAGGCUCUUCUAUUUGUGCUCUGCAGGGGGUUGCUCUCUCCCACAGCACCCAGGCCCCAUUGUUGCCCGAAGCUACGUCCUAAACCCACCACAUUGGCUCGCUGCAGUUUGUCCUUCCUGCCGUGUCAGGGACGGUGGUGGCAGCCCCUGCUUUGCUCAAGGGAAA